AUGAAUAUCAGGCCAUCAACCAUGCUCAGUCCAAAGCACAACUUUGCACUCAAAGAGCCAAAAGACUAUGAGGAUGCUGUCACUCAACCUUAUUGGCAAGAAGCUAUUAAAACUAAACUCCUUGCUUUGGAGGAAAACAAAAUAUGGAGGCUAACCUCUUUACCUGCAGGUAAAAGAGCUAUCGGUUACAAAUGGGUGUUUCAUAUGAAGUAUCACCCAGAUAGAACAGUAGAAAGACCAAAGGCACGCCUGGUUGCGAAGGGAUUCACACAGGUGGCAAGAGUAGAUUAUAAGGAAACCUUUAGUCUGGUUGUUAAAUUGGGUACUUUAAGAGUUGUUCUGGCUGUUGCUACUAUUAAAGGUUGGCACCUAAAGCAAAUUGACGUGAAUACUGCCUUCUUACAUGGUGAGCUUGAUGAGGAGGUGUAG